AUGUUUAACAGAUCUUUCAGCCUUUCGAGUAAAUCCUAUCUACCUGGUGUUUGGUCUAAUUUCAAUUCGGUCAGAUCCACCUCACUGUCGAUUCCUUUUAAGCCAACAAAAGAUUACAUAUUAAAUAAGACAGCAGGAUCUAAGCCACCUUCUUUAAAAAAGUUAAGUAAUAAGAUUAAAUAUCAAUCACCAGAAGGAUUAGACGAGAUAUUUAAAUUAAGUUACAAUUAUUUGGAAAAUAAUGCCAAAAAAAUAUAUGAUAAAUUAGAAUCUACAAGUGAUUUGAAAACAAGAGAAAAUUUAUUAAUUCAAGCUGAAAUAAAUAACCCUGAAGUUCAGUAUAAUUUUCAAUAUUCAAACAAAUUGGAAAACAACCCAAACCUUAUUGAUUAUGAGCAACCAAUCUAUAGAUAUUUGGGUAAAAAACAUUGGGAAUCAUAUAGUCAGAUGUUACUGAUGCAAAGAUUGGAAACUUUGCAUGUGAUACCAGAUACUAUGCCAACAUUAGACCCUAAAGCAGAAGUUAAUGUUAGAUUCCCAUUCUCAACAGGGUUAAAUUUAUGGAUAGAGCCAGGUGAUACAUUAUCAAGUAAUACUACAUCAAUGGAACCCUCUAUUAAAAUUCAAGAAUAUGAUUUGAUUGACACAACAAAACAAUUAUAUACAAUUUUAAUUGUUAACCCAGAUAACGUGGACAUCGAAAACGAUUCUUAUUAUACAAGUUUGAAUUAUGCAUUGACAAAUAUCAAGCUAUCUUAUAAUGAUAAUAUAGUUGAUGCAAGAAAGUUCACCAAUUUAAAACAAAACUUAUUAGUAGAUUACCAACCACCAGUACCUGAAAAAAAUGCAGGACAACAACGAUUCUCAACUUGGGUAUUUAGACAAAAGGAUAUAAUGAACAAUGAAAACAUACUAUCCAAAUAUGCUAAUAAAUUUAAGUCUAAUUUCAAUAUCAGGAAAUUUGCAGAAUAUAAUAAUUUAGAGGCAAUUGGGGCUCAUGUAUGGAGAUCAGAAUGGGAUAGUAAUGUAGCUAACGUUAGAAAUAUAUACGGUAUGCCUCAAGGCAGGGUAUUCACAAGAGAAAGAUUUUAA